CCACAAUUAUCACCACAAUUUAUUCAAAACCAAGAGAACCUAUCCAAAAGCUUUACUUCUUUUUUAUGGCCUCCCAAGACUCAAAACUCUUUGAGUGGCAUUUCACCGACCUCAACCACUCUGACUUCCACAUCUACAGCCGAGGCCUCUUGCUACUCCUCCUAUUCUUCUCUCUCAUCUUCACCAUAACCAUCUUCUUGUUUCAUGCUUAUUGGGCUUGUGUAGGUCGUCUCUCAACAACAACCACCUCCAUGGCUGCAAAUUCUGCGUCAUCAAUGCACUCACAUGGGCUUGAUGCUGCCACCAUUGAAAGCUUGCCGGUUUAUUUGCAUCGGUCGGUGGUCAUCGCUAACCCUAAUGCCGGUGACAUUGAAGCCACUGAAAUUGAAUGCUGUAUUUGUCUUGGGGUAUUUGAAGGAGAAGAGAAGGUCAAGGUGUUACCAAAGUGCCACCAUGCAUAUCAUUCUGAGUGCGUGGACAAGUGGCUCAGCGUUCAGUCAAGCUGCCCGCUUUGUAGAUUGUCCCUCCGAGUCAUCAACACUCUCUAGAUAUAUUUAUAUAUACAUCUAUCUCUUCAUUGAAUUUAUAAUUAACUCUCCCUAGGUUUUGUAUGUAUAUGAUGAUUUGAAUAACCAUACAAACACAAUAGCUAUAAUUUCGUCAAUCCUGAAUUUUGUAUGUACCACAUCUACUAAUCAUCUUACUUUUUUUUUCCUGUACCGCAUAUAUAUAUUGAAAAGGAUUGAAAUGAGCAAGAAAUUACAAAGGCAUCGUUUAUAGUUUUGAAA